GCGAAAAAACGUAGUCUACGACGACGGACAGCACAGCAGCCGAACCAGCAAAGCGAGCUCCGUCCACCCUCGCGCUUUCGCCAUGAGAGAUCCCAAGCCGAGGAGGAGCCAAGCAGCGCGCACCCUGGCUGCCAGGCUGCGGAAACACUCCACCUUGCUUCUCCUCCUGCUCUGGUUCGCCCUCUCCCUCGCCCUCUUCCUCUCCGCCACGCCGCCUUCCGCCGCGCCGCUCCGCCGCUCCUCCUCCUUCCUCCGCUCCAAGCCCCGCGCCCUCGCCGCCACCACCACCGACGCAGCCGCCGUGGCACCCCGCGUCCGGAUCUACGUCUACGACCUCCCCGCCCGCUUCAACCGCGACUGGGCGGCCGCCGACGCGCGGUGCUCGCGCCACCUCUUCGCGGCCGAGGUGGCGGUGCACGAGGCGCUGCUGGCCUACGCCGGCCGCGCAGCGCGCCCCGAGGACGCCGACCUCUUCUUCGUCCCCGUCUACGUCUCCUGCAACUUCUCCACGCCCAACGGCUUCCCCUCGCUGUCGCACGCCCGAGGUUUGCUCGCCGACGCCGUCGACCUCGUCCGGGCCCGGAUGCCGUACUGGAACCGCUCCGCCGGGGCCGACCAUGUCUUCGUCGCGUCCCACGACUUCGGCGCCUGCUUCCAUCCCAUGGAGGACGUAGCCAUCGCCGACGGCAUACCAGAGUUCCUGAAGAGGUCCAUCCUGCUACAGACAUUUGGUGUCCAAGGCCAUCACGUAUGUCAGGAGGUGGAGCAUGUUGUGAUCCCACCUCAUGUGCCGCCCGAGGUGGCUCACGAACUACCGGAGCCAGAGAAGGCUCAGAGGGACAUUUUUGCCUUCUUUCGAGGCAAGAUGGAGGUGCACCCCAAGAACAUCAGUGGCCGCUUCUACAGCAAGAAGGUGAGGACUGAACUUCUACAACAUUAUGGCCGCAAUCGCAAGUUCUACCUUAAGAGAAAGCGGUUCGACAACUACCGAUCAGAGAUGGCCCGGUCGUUGUUCUGCCUCUGCCCGCUGGGAUGGGCGCCUUGGAGUCCUCGGCUCGUGGAAUCAGUCCUGCUAGGCUGCAUUCCCGUUAUAAUUGCUGAUGACAUACGUCUGCCGUUCCCUCCAGUCCUCCAGUGGCAGGAGAUCUCGCUGCAGGUGGCUGAGAAGGACAUAGCCAGCCUUGGGAUGGUGCUUGACCAUGUCGUGGCAACCAAUUUGACUGUGAUACAGAAGAAUUUGUGGGACCCAGUGAAGCGGAGGGCUCUGGUUUUCAAUCGUCCGAUGGAAGCGGGCGACGCUACAUGGCAAGUUUUGAGGGAGCUUGAGGUUUUGCUGGACCAGUCUCGGAGGAGGAGAUCUGUUGGAUCCUAUUCCUGGAGGAGGUGAAGCACACAGAAGGUCAUCUGUUGCAGCUGUGCACCCAUGGUUUGCGCUCUGCAGUUCACAGCAUGCCGCCCUGGCUGACAACAUCAACAUUGAGUCGAGACCUGAGCCUGAGAUCCACCUCUGACAUGGUUUUUUCUCACCAGAAAUUCAGAAUGACGAUCUCAAACCAGAGCUCUACUUCUGACAUGGUUUUUUCUAAUCCAGAAAUUCAGAAUAUUGAUCUCAAGCUAGAGAUCCCAACCUUCAGUUAGGUCGAUGGGAAUAUGGGCUGCUAGCUCCACCUUCGUUGGCCUGUUGUCUGGUUAGUGCCUAAUUGGAGAUCCCAAUCUCGGUUGACAAGUUGACCAGCUCCCUAUAACGUAUAGGCAAAUCGUUCACACAUUUAUUUAUUCUUUUAAGAACUGAGAUGGGUUUGCUUUUCUUGCCAUAGAAAGAUCUUACUGCAAUUUACAGGUUGCAGCUUAUUUUUUUGUGUUUAUUUUUUCGGCUGCACACUUGUAUAGUUGCCGGGCUGUUGUGUAUGCUACUUAAAUUCUUCUGUAAAUAGAAUGGUGUCAAAGAAUGAGUUGAUUUUAAGAUAACG